AUGUCUAGCUCAGGACUUCGAAAAAAAAUCGUGAAAAGGUGGUAUGAAAACCCACCUAACGACUCCGACUGCCAAGAGCAAAACAUCCUAUUUCUCAACAAGUUAGAAAGAGAGCGUGUGAUCAUUUUCGAUGCCGAUGCAUGGGCAGUGUUGGAGUCAUCAACACUGAGUGAUGUGGGGCGAGAGCUGAGGGCAGCUAGCAACCCCCACCCCUAUCUAGGAGCAGCAACUCCUGUCAACCAAUCUGGCUUCCUAGUCUUAGUCGGUGGUCUUAGUAUCAGCUGUGUGCACCGGGCUUAUGCCAGGCAGCAUGUGCUAAGACAAUGA